CAACUUUUUAAUCACGUUCGUUUGAAAGAGACUGUGUGCCAGGUCCAGCCCCUCCGCCCCGUUUGGGCAGUAGGGAAGGCCAUAUCGAGGACACUUGGCCACCCGCCCAGACCCUUGACUACUCCUCUCACUCCCAGACCCUUGGAUCCAGCAGCCAAUUGGCAGGGCAUGAGCGUUUGAAGCUGAAGCCGCACAACGCCUCAAUUCCUGUCCGAGAGGCGAUGAUCCACCCAUAAUCUUUUCGCACUCCUUUGAUUGUACUUCCGCGCAGCCACACUGACUUAUCGACUUGUUUCGACACCGGCGUCUGCGCGUCUGCAGGAGUGCUACUGCCUGUCUUCGACUGGUACCCCCAGAUCUCCACCACCUGCCCGUCGCGACAGACGAAGAUAAACAUGUCAUACCAAGGAAAAUUGCUGACAGCCGGUUGCACAAAAAGCGCCAUAAUGCCCUUGUCGAGCCCCUGCUCCUUGUAGGAUGGUUUUGAUAUCUCGUCCUCGACCGUCCUGCGGAGGAGAGCGAUGUUUGGAGAACGAUCGGUUGGCAGAGCAUGCAUGAAGCCAUCUGGGUCGGUUGGACGAAAGGCGCCUCCAAAUGCACAUCCUGAUAUGACAGACCCACGCGAACAGCACAAAAACCACAAAAACUGAUAUCGACCAGAGCUUUUCUGUUUCACAUCCUUGUGUCACCGACCAUUGAAAACUGCAGGAGGCAGGAUUGCUCCGGCGUCGGGAUGCAGGUUUGAAUAAUCUCCUACGUCGCUUUGCAUCAUCCGUAGGAUGAGUGCCGCAGCACAAACGCUCUCCCACUGCACGCCGGACCCUUCUGUUGUUUCAGCCAGCUGCUGUAGGGCGGAGGCGAUCCGCCACAGGCCUUGACGAAGAGACUUGCGCAACUCGCCAGAAGCAGCGAGUCGCGCACAGGCAGCUGCCAGAAAGCAUGGCGACCACGUGUACGACGGGGUCCCGAUGUGAGGUGGGCGAACAACAAACGCAUCCAAUGCCGCAGCCCAGCCGCCCAACGCCAACACAUACUCCUCAGCUCCGUCCAGCGCAAGCAUGAUCACGGCUCGCAGCGUCGCCUCGGUGAAGAGUGGUUUCGGGAGCUUGUCGAAGAUCUGAUUAACGCAAAGAGCGACGGGUUGUGUCUCAACGGCAAACGCCUUGUGAACUAGGGCGGGCGUCAAUCCAAGAUAGGAUAGCUUGGAAGCCGAGGCGGCCUCCUGGCUGACAGCGGCCGCUUCAUCAACAGAUUUGAUCACCGGCAAGAGGGGGCGAAGGACAUCCCGAUUGCUUAGACUGUCCAUGAACACCGUCAGCUUCGAGCCCGUCUCUGUGAAGUGGCUUGAGAAUACGAGAUAGCGGCCAUGCUUGUCGACGAACUGUGUCCGUAGAAAUGCCGCCACGCUCUUUCCUUCAUCAGGAAAUUCCUCUCGGCCUUCUCCCACGAUCAACUUAUUCAGCUCAUCAACAAGGAGGACGCAGACGGCAUCACCUAGCCACUUGCAAAUGGUGUCCUCGGUAACUUCCACUUCGGUCAGCCAUCUUGAAAAGUCUUCCCCCACACUCCUCCGCACGUCGGCCUUGGCAGCCGCCCACCCGAUGCGCAAAAGCAGCGACUGAAGCCAUGUGCGGUCGUGCUCCUUUGCAGCAUCAUACGCGGUGAGGUCGUUGAAUGAGAUGAAGAGGGAGAAGAUGCGCUCCUGCCGAAGGGCGAGGCCUAUUUCCUUCAGCGUCCUCGUCUUGCCUCCUGAAGGAUGACGAGUGAGGGCCAUAGGAGGGAUUCGCGUAGGGAGGGCAUUUUGGGUGUCUCUCCGGCGCUGAAGGCUGCUCGAUGAGCAGCUCUCCCUGUUGUAGAAAAGCUUGAUAUGCUCCAGCAUGUUGUCCCGAUGCUUGCCGCCGAUGAAGUCUCUGGGAUCGGUAUCUGUCAGCUCGAUGGAAGGCACUCCUCUCGCUGCCGGCAGUCCUGUUGCGCCAGUGGCUGUUGCGAGAGGCACAAGGUCUCUAACUGAUAUCUUCCUUGCUCCAGCUGCGCGCACACACACACACACACACACACGUGAGCGCUCAGACGGCCCUUUUCCCUUGAUUGUUGCUCACCAGGCUGAGCACCUAUUCUGAGUCUCUUGAGUCGAUUCCUGAAUUGAUCCAUCAUUAUCUGGCACUACUCGGGAGAGCCUCGGGAGCACCAAUCAGCUACCCUGCGCGGAACCUCGUCAGUGCGAAGAAUUGACUGGCUGAGUCGUCGACAAGAAGCACACUGAGCGCACAAGUGCAGUCCAGAUCUUCGCUGCACCGCCACUUGUGCAGAAGAGGGGACGGGGGAAGGAGGUGCGAUG